GAUUGCUGAAGCAGCAAGACCCAUCAGUGAGCAUAAAGAUGGAAAGAUUUCAGCUUCUACUGCUCCUGCUACUGAGUUCCAUGUAUUCCACCGCCUUCCCAGUGGAUGCCAGCAGCAAAAGUGGAGACAUGCAGUUAGCUGAGGAAUAUUUACAAAAGUUCUACAGUCCCGAAGUGGAGCCAAUUCCCCGGUCAAAGUCAAGAGAUUCUAACUCUGUGACUGAAAAGCUGAAAAAAAUGCAGGAGUUUUUUGGUCUGAACGUGACUGGGGAAGUGGAUGCUGAAACACUGGGUGUGAUGAAGCAGCCCAGGUGUGGCGUACCUGACCUCGGUGGCUUUACCCUCACAGAGGGAAACCCUAAGUGGGACAAAACCCAUCUGACAUACAGGAUUGUGAAUUACACACCAGAUUUAGAUAGAAACUUGGUGAGAAGAGCAAUCCAGAAAGCAUUCGAAGUCUGGAGCAACGUGUCACCCCUGACAUUCCAAGAAGAGCAGGACGGCAUCCAGGAUAUAAUGAUCUCCUUUAACAGAGGAGAUCAUGGUGAUAACUCUCCUUUUGAUGGACCCAGUGGGGUACUGGCUCAUGCUUUUCAGCCUGGGCGAUUUAUAGGCGGAGAUGCCCAUUUUGAUGAAGACGAAGAAUGGACCGUACUGGGCCCAAGAGAGCGAACGUUUUUCUGGCGCAAAUCCCCUCACAUAGCAGAAAUAGAACUCAACUCCAUUUCCCUCUUCUGGCCAAGCCUGCCAUCUGGAAUAGAUGCUGCCUACGAAAGUUAUGAAAAAGACCAAGUUUUUCUUUUUAAAGGAAACAGAUAUUGGGCUCUAAAUGGCUAUGACAUUGUACGUGGCUAUCCUAAAAGCAUCACCCAGCUGGGCUUACCCCAGCAAGUUAAUCAAAUUGAUGCUGCAUUCAGUGAUUCAGAGACUGGGAAGACCUAUUUCUUCGUAGGUAGCAAAUACUGGAGAUAUGAUGAAUACAGGCAAUCCAUGGAAAGGGGAUACCCCAGAAAUGUAGCCCAAGACUUCCCAGGAGUUGGCCCCAAAAUUGAUGCUGCUGUUAUGUAUGAUGGGUACGUCUAUUUUUUCCAAGGAACACAACAGAUCCAGUUUGACCUUAAUAGCAAAAGAAUUGUUCGAGACGAUCAAAGAACCAAUGCCUGGCUGAACUGUUAAGGCAUCUCUGCUCAAUUCUAUUUCACAUGCCUAAUCUUUCUUUAGAGACAUGAUGAUUCCUCUUUUGUUGGGCAUUCAAAGAUUACACCUGACAUUCUUCUCAUACCCUACAGCAAGUUCCGGCUGAAUUGGUGCUAUAAAAUGUUUUGGCAAUACACUGUGUUGUGACAAGGUUUAUUCUGCCAGUUCCAUAAAGCAAUUUUUAACAUAGCUCUGUGUAUUUCUUUCAUUAUGACUUCCUAACAAUGCUGUACAGCCAAGAUUGUACCACUCCACAAU